AGUAACUCCAGGACGAGACCGGAGCGACCCGCGCGGCGAGCACAGGCGGCGAGGCUGCGCCCGAGACCGGCGGCUGCGGGGGGCGGGGGCUGCGCCCGGGCCCGAGCCCGAUCCGCCGCUCCGGCUCCGAGCAGUGGUGUCGGGGGAAAGGUGCAUUGUCCAGCACAGAUGCGUUGGCCGGAGACUGCGCCGGAGGUUCUGGUGGAGGCGUAAAGCCUGGGGCUUCCAAUGAUACUCUGGGCAGCGAUGGAAGCCUAGAUGCCUCACCGCAAGGAGCGGCCGAGCGGGUCCUCGCUUCACGCCCACGGCAGCGCCGGCACCGCGGAGGGAGGAAGCAUGUCCCGGUUGUCUCUUACCCGGUCGCCUGUGUCUCCCCUGGCCGCCCAGGGCAUCCCACUGCCAGCCCAGCUCACCAAGUCCAAUGCGCCCGUGCAUAUCGAUGUGGGUGGCCACAUGUACACCAGCAGCCUGGCCACGCUCACCAAGUACCCCGACUCCAGAAUAAGCCGCCUCUUCAAUGGCACCGAGCCCAUCGUCCUGGACAGUCUGAAGCAACAUUACUUCAUCGACCGGGACGGGGAGAUUUUCCGCUAUGUCCUGAGCUUCCUGCGGACGUCAAAACUGCUGCUCCCGGAUGACUUCAAGGACUUCAGCCUGCUGUACGAGGAGGCCCGCUACUACCAGCUGCAGCCCAUGGUGCGGGAGCUGGAGCGCUGGCAGCAGGAGCAGGAGCAGCGCCGCCGCAGCCGCGCCUGUGACUGCCUGGUGGUGCGGGUCACGCCGGACUUGGGGGAGCGGAUUGCGCUCAGCGGCGAGAAGGCCCUCAUCGAGGAGGUCUUCCCCGAGACCGGCGACGUCAUGUGCAACUCCGUCAACGCCGGCUGGAACCAGGACCCCACGCACGUCAUCCGCUUCCCGCUCAACGGCUACUGCAGGCUCAACUCGGUGCAGGUCCUGGAGAGGCUGUUCCAGAGGGGCUUCAGCGUGGCCGCGUCCUGUGGGGGUGGCGUGGACUCCUCCCAGUUCAGCGAGUACGUGCUCUGCCGGGAGGAGCGGCGGCCGCAGCCCACCCCCACCGCGGUCCGGAUAAAGCAGGAGCCCUUGGACUAGGCCCUGCCUCAGUGCCCACCCGAGGCCGUGUGGCCCUGGGGACGCCCCAGGGACCUGGAGACAGUGCCGGGGAGUUGUGCCUCGGCCUGCUUAGCAGUGGGCGUGAGACCGAGGGUGGGGCUGGAGGGCCCGGAGCCGGCCCAGGAGCCCCAGGUACCGUGGCCGCAGAGCGCGGGGUGCCGGAGGUGUGCCCGCUGAAGGACUGUGGAUGUGACCCAAAGAUGCCGCGGUGGGGACAGCACCCCAGACCCUUGGGCUCACCAGCCCGGCGCAGCGGAGGCCCCCGGGCCCACUCCAGAGGAGCCGAUCGUCCUUCUCCACGCGUGGCAGACUGGUGGGGCUCCUUGCGUCACAGAUGGCUUAUUUUUCUACAGUAUUUAAGAUGGAAGUAACUAACUGCACAAGCCAGAGAGGCCAGCAGGGACCAACGCUUCUUCAUCUGGUGCUCAGUUCUCCACUGGCCGUGCAGCACACCCCCGUGGCAGGGGAGCUCUGGGGUGCGGGGGCCCAGGUACCCGCACGGUAGGGGCUUGGAAACUUGUGGCCCCUGUGCCAGAGACAGAUGCAAGAAUGGAGAUGCUGUAGGAGCUGAAGCAGGGCCCCCCCGGGGACGGGGCUGCCGGGAGGAGGGCUCUGGGGGUGUGGGGGAUGGAUGGCUCUGGAACCAUCUGAGACCCCCACCUUUGCUGCCACCCAGGGUGCCGGCCACACUUGGUGAGCCACCUGACCUACUAAUGCCCAGGGGCUUCCAGUCCUGUCUGAGUGUCCUCACACCUGCGCUUCUGCAGAAGUCUCUCCCCGUCCGGACCAGCCACGGGGCCACACUGCAUCCUUACCUCAGGAAUGGGCCCCCUGGUGAAGGGGCCCAUGUGUCAGCAGCAUCCUCUGGGUACCCAGCUCAGGAAGCCGUCCCCAGCUCCGAUUUUCCCACACUAAUAUGCACACUGAAUUUGAAUGAAACUGUUACACGAGCCUGCCUGCCGCUCAGACAGGGACACAAGGCGUACCUGGGGCUCCAGGCUCCGGAUUCCAACAAGGACUGGCCCCGAGGGGUCCCCCCAGACCCACUCCCUCCCAGACGACAGGCGCAAAGACGCCCCCCCCCACCCCCGUCCCGGCCUUGUCACCCUUCCUGCGCGCUGGCUCCACCCGGGGGUGGGGGGGAAUCUUGGAGGGGCGCCCCAGCCGGCCCCGCGCUGUGUACGAUGCCUGUAGACUUGUAUAUGACUCCUUUAAUAUUGUAAAGAUGCCGAUGUACAAUUGUCGUGUGUUUGUGUAAACACAUUACGUUCCUAGUUCCUGCCAUAAAUGAUGCUAUAAAGCGAACGA